AUGGCAUCUCGCGCCCCCGCAUCACCAGAUCCCGAAGAAGAAGAACUAGACACAGAGAUCGCCUCAAUUCGCGCAGAAAUCCGAAAUCUCCAAAAACACAAGCGCAUCCUCACAUCCAGCCUCCUAACAACCGACCCAAUCCAAAAACUCCUCCGCAAAUCCAAACCCAACCCCGCAAAUCAAACCGACCCCCUCGCAACAAUCUCCCCCCUCGUCCACGCCGCCGGUGCACACACGUCCUCAAACCACCACCGCAUCGCCUUCGGCGCAACAGCCUUCCCAUUCAAAGAUCCAUCCCCAACAGCCCCCGCCGGACCCCUCCUCGGCGUCCGCAUCGACGUAUGCGCGCGCAACGGCCGCUUCGCGAAACCAUACUACAUCCUCCUCCAAUCAGAGCGGCAUAAUUCAGGUUUGGGUUCGGGCUCUAGUUCGAAGAUAUUAAAGGUAUAUCGACACACAGUGCCGGGAUUUAUAUCUAUCGCAAAACUAGAGAGUGUCUAUCUACCGCUUGGUGUCUCGCGCAAUGGAGACGGGAAUAGUGAGAGAGAUUCAUCUAACGAGGCCGAACCCGCAAAGCCGUCGAAGAGCGGUAGCUCCACCCGAAAGCAAGAUCUACGGGGGUUUGUACGUGAGCUUCGGAGGGAGCUUGUGGCUUGGCAUAUGCGUGUUGAUGCGGUUGAGUUCCUACGUGAGAAAUUGGGUUUUGUUGGUGAGGGUGGGGCGUCUUUGCCGUUUGAUGUUUCGCCAGAUCGGGAUACGGGGAUUGUGUCUUUGGCUGCUGUCUCGCUGGAGACGCGGUAUGUACGUGUUGAGUGGGUUGAUGGGAGGGUUGGGCGGUUUAAGUUGUCUAAUGUUGGGGUUGUGGAGCGGGCUGUUGUUAUUGGGGACGAGGGGCGGGAUAAGAAGAUUGAGGAUGCGAUGACCGGUGGUGGUGGGAGGGUUGAGACGGUUUUGGAUAGGUUGAGGGUGGAUGUGUUGACUGGAUCACCGCUAUGA